AUGCCUGGUAUCUUGCCUAUGAAAGUGAUCAAGGUCGGUGGAACUGGCACAACGAGCCGUAUCGCCCAAGCCUGUGACCGAUGCCGAAGUAAGAAAAUACGCUGCGACGGUGUUCGGCCUUGCUGCUCCCAAUGCGCCAAUGUGGGCUUCGAGUGCCGUACCAGCGACAAACUGAGCCGUCGCGCCUUCCCACGUGGAUAUACCGAGUCGCUUGAAGAACGAGUUAGGAGUCUCGAAACCGAAGUCAAGGAUUUGAAGGAACUGUUAGAUGAGAAGGACGAGAAAAUCGAUGUCUUGUCCCGGAUACAUUCGUUUACACCACCAACGCGAGCCGGUUCCUCGCGGUCUCCCUCUGCUCCUGCGACAGCGAAAUCGAGCACCUCGGAUUCAUCGGAUGGCGUGUUUCAUGUGAAACGGUCGACGACCCGACCAUCCCAACACUCACAUAAUCCUUAUGUCGGAUUUUCUAGCACCCAGGGUUUUGCUAAUGUCUUUACCGACAAGCUUGUCAGUGAGGGAAAAUCAGCGACAAAAGUCCCCACAGGGGCACUCACUGCCUUGGCUACCUCGGUAUUGCAGGGUGUCCCUAACCAGACUGUGAAAACGCCACCGCGUUUGGUGUCGGAUCAGCUGAUCAACAUCUUCUUCCAAGAAUGGGCACCGCUGUACCCUGUGGUACAUCGUCCGACCAUCUUGAAAGCCUAUGAACAGUAUCUCAACAAUACUGAGAGUCUUCAGCGCGAUGCCCAUGUGAUGGCGCAAUUGAAUUUGAUUUUUGGCAUUGCUGCUCUGUCAUCAAUGUCGCGAACCAACCAAGACCCGACUUUCUUCGAAGAGAACUGGUCGGCCACCCUUGAUUCAUUCUCAAGUGAAACGUCACUUUCUAGCCUGCAGUGCUUUGUUCUUGGUCAGGUAUACUGCAUGACCAAAGGCGAUUACCGCACUUUGCUUCGCUACCGUGCCCUUGGUGUAGAUAUUUGCCAUCAACUGGGCCUGCACGAAAACCAAGAAAGCUCGAACAACCCGCUACAAGACGAGACUCGCAAGAAGGUUUUCUGGUCGCAAUAUGUGCUUGACCGAUUCUGCUCCGCACUUACUGGUCUGCCUGUGCUUUUGCGCGAAGAGGAUAUCGAGACCGAGUAUCCGGUUGAUGUGGAUGAUGAGAAUGUCACAGAAACCGGAUUUUUGCCGACACUUCCGGGCGAAUCCACUCGCAUUUCCAGUGCCAUCGCUCUCUUCGGCGCUUCAAGGAUCUUGAACAAGGCUUUGGAGGACCUGUACCCUUCGAAAUCUGGUUAUGAUGUAUAUGUUUCGAAGAUGCGCUCAGUGACAGGGCAAUUGGACGAAUGGCUUCACACACUACCGCCACAUCUUCGUCUUGAGUUCAGUCAGGAUAAGCCUAGCACCAACGUCACCAGUAGUCGGUCGCCGCUUCUGUCACUUGUCUACUAUUUCAUUCGAUCUUUGAUACAUCGCCCGGCUGUCUGCUACGCUGAAGGGAACAUUCGCUCUCCAUCCGCUCUCGCGCUUUCCGACUCAGCAAAGCACAUCAUUCAGAUUCUGGAACUGCUCGAUGAGAGGCGUUUGUGUCUGUCGGUUUCUAUCAACAGGAAGGAACUUAUCUUUUUUUCUGGACUUGGACUUCUGUGGCAAAUGCUUGAUGUGAAAAGCGAUAGCAAACUGGCCAAGGAUAGCCAGAAACUGCUUGGAACCGCCAUGCAGUACCUCCAGUCAGAGUCCAUCGCGGCGGCUGCUGAAUUCGCCAUGUUGUCUAGCACUCUGAUUUCUCUGGACGACAGAAGACGCUCAUCAGUGGGCAGGCAACACCACCAGGAGAUGGUGGCACCAACCCAGAAGCCGGCCAAAUCCCCCAAGAAGCACUUGCAGGCCCUAAAGUCGCGCCUUAUUGCCUGCUCCACCCGUGAUAAGCAGUCUCCAGUCCAAUCCUCCCCACAGGCCUCUCGCCGGAACACCAUCUCAGGAACCACACCCCCACUGAUGCCCCAGUCGCUCCGCUCCCCUAGCUGGAGCAGCCUGCCCCCUUCUCAAGCCGACCACCUCCCCGCCCAACACUACCUCAACGAUAAAGGCCACUCCCCCUUGGAUCUAGCCUCAGAUCCUCGCUUAGCCACAUCCUUGGGCGGCUACGACCACCCACGCGCCAUGUCCUGCUCCACGCCCUCCGAACCUACAGGUGGCGUCAUCACAAUGGCCGAUUGGGAAUACGUACUGAGCGACAUGGACCGCGGAUACUCGAACAUCUUCACCGGCAUCUACGGCGGCAAAGAAUGCGGCGAAGACCCCGGUCCAUUCGCCUCCAUCGCAGCAGAAUACAGCCGCAAACCCAACGACUCCCUGGUCAAUCACUCACAGAACGAGAUGCACGACCUCUCGCCCGAAGCGUGGUCCGCCAGUAGCGGCGACUACGUCCAUAAGCAAGAACACACCACGCAAAGCGUUCUGAGCUAUUCGGGCGAGAGUAUGGGCAGCACUGAAGAGUCUCUAGCGCCGUAUACCGACGUCCGAGUCUGUGAUGAUAUCAAUACCAUCGACCCUUUCCAUAAUUUCGCCAUGCAUGGCGAAGACGAGGUCGACGAGUUUUCUCUGGUCAGUGGCUGGGACCGACGGCUGGCCGUCUGA